GACUUUUGACCUGACGAACCAAGUUAUCGGUUGGGGCCCUGUCAAACGACAGGUCGCUUAGAGGGCAUAUGUGAGAAAAAGGGUCCUGUUUUUUAUCCACGGAGAAAGAAAGCAAGAAGAGGAGAGGUUUUAAAAAAAAUGGAAUCAAAAGCAGCGGCACCGCCAUACCAAAGUUCUGCAAGAUUCGCAGACUCUCAAUGUUACCCUCAAUACACUGCUUCUCUCAAAUGCUUGGAAGAGUUUGGCUCGGACAAAAGUAAAUGUCAAGAGCAUUUUGAUGUUUACAAGGAAUGCAAGAAAAAGGAGAGAGAAGCACGGUUGGAACGCAACAAGAGUCGCUCCCUCUUCUCAUGAAAGCUGUUGUGGAGAUCUUGCUCACAAAAAGCGCUGAUCCUAUUUUCUUUAUAGAGCUAGCUUUGUAAGCUAUUGGAUUCCAACACAAAUUGUCAAACUGAACUGUGAUAGGGCAUGGAGAGUAACUUUAAUAAUGUGCAUUUGUAUAUGUACAACCGUAAAAUAUGUUGUUUGAAGCUGCGAAUCGAGAAUGUCAGUGAACAACAACCGAGAUCAACAACCACUUGUUGGAUUCAAAUAAUGCUUGCACUAUGUAUUGCCUAAAUGCAAUUUAUUUGACAAAACGUUGUAAAGAA